AUGCUCAGAUGGCCGCACUGGCACUGGCUCUCUUUGCUAUUAGUGAUUGACUUACUUUGCUGUGAUCCUGGCCAGUUGGCAUUGUGGCCAUGGAUGGUAGUGGAGCCAAGUUAUGUGGGAAUGUGGGAGGGUGGGUGGGAGCCAAAUGCUACCAAUUGGGGGCUAAAUGCCACCAAUGUAACUUACAGGUCGUUGGAUGAGAGGGUACAGGUCGCUGCGAUCACAUGUGCCUUCAGCAAUGCCAAGACGAGGAGUCAACGUGCAGCAGAGGUGGACGCCGAGUACGACACGUUGCAGUGGUCAAGGCCCGUGGUAGCAGGGGAAUGGGCAGCGAUGCGAUCGGCAAUGGAGAAGAGGUACGGUCAUCUGGAGGACAAGAUUUACCCUUCGAAAGAAUUCGUCGAAAAGAAGUUGGCAGAGAUCGAAGGGGGUGAAUACCGUGCCGAAGACCUGACUGAAGUCGUAUCGAAAGAGGAAAUCGAGCCGGAUGGCGUGGUGCCCAUUUGGGACUCCAAGGGCCGCCUGGCCAUGCGCAAAGCCUCGACAAAAGUGCCCGAGCCAGCGAACGCUGAAGAACUUCGGCGGCGGCUGAGCAUUUGGAAGAAUGCCAUGGUUAUGAUUUCCCUGAAGCAUUCCAAUCGGCAUGAGCUUCAAGGGGCUUGGGAGGAGACGGUUGAGCAGUACAAGGACUACUUGUUGGGGGACUAUGUGUACGGUCUCAGUGCAAAAGACGCUGAGGGUCAGACCUUUGCUGCACCACCCUGGAAGUUAGUCAUUGCCUAUGAGAAGGCCAUUCGCAAGCAGGCGGUGAAGCUCACGAAUACAGAGGGCAAGCCAUUGACAGUGGCGCUCAAGAUGGCCUGGAAGGAUGCAACAGUGAAAGAGAGGAACUUCACGACGCCACUUGCCCUGUACGCCAAGCGGCCGCUGCCUCCAUGGCGGCGGAAGCGGCGCAAUUCAGUUGCUGGAUUCCUCCGGAGGCUUGCGCCACGAAAGAAUGUCCGAGUGGAGAUCACGGAGCUGGAUAUUCAAGCUGAUCGACGGUCGGACUUCACAAUUCCUUCGGUACAGAAAAAAUGGCUGCAGAGGAUUGCCCAAGGCAUUUUCUAUGCCGUCAUAGUUACACCGCCUUGCUCCACCUUUUCCAGAGCGGUCUGGGCGAAUGAUUUGGGGCCUUUCCCAUUGAGGAGCUCGGUUUAUCCACGAGGUUUUCCCUGGAACAGGGCAGAGCGGUUUCACAAAGCAGAAUUUGGUACAGUGUUGGCAGACUUCUCCUUUGAAGCAUUGAAGCGUCAAUUUGCAUGCAAACAGAGAGUUGGAUUGAUGGAGCAACCCGAGGACCUCGGCAGAACAAGCAAUGAGCGUGUGCCAGGACACCAGCCGGCGUCCAUGUGGCAGUUCUGGCAGCAAUCAGGGGGCGCCCCCCUGAUCGGAAAGGCCAAUGGGGUUUUCCGGACGGCACAGUCGGCCGCAUGGCCGCCAGCACUUUGCAAGUGGACUGCAGAAGCGAUCCUCACCUCCUACUUGAACGAGUGCAUGGGGGGGGGUGAGGAUAUUUCCACUUCAUCAAAGACAUCAUCAAGGGCACCUUCGAAGAGGGGUCUGGAGGCAAUGAAUGGGGGCCAAGAAGAGGCGGAAAAACGUCUGAAGACAGAGCCCCGGAAGGAGGAGAAAUUGGUGGUGGACCCCAUGGACCCGCCGGUCCCGGGGGGGCGAGGGCAUCCGCGCUCGUGCAGGUGGAAGGGGCUUGAGGCGCCAUUCCAUGAUGGAGGAGGACUGGCUUCGCCUGGAAGGUGGGUGCCGCAAGAGAGAAAGAACCUGGAGGGCAAGGAAUGGGUGGCUGUGAGGCACCAGUUUCGUCUUGCUGCCGUUAGGCGCCUGGGCAGUAUGGCGGAAGUGGAGAAGGAGGCCUUCAGGAUGGCGAGAGGCGGUGACGCCUUUCAACUGGUCAGAGAUGAGAGCUUUUUGAAGGAGAUCAGGUCAAUUUUGUCGGAGAGGCUGGGCAUUGCGGCACAAGAUACCCCAGAGGCUGGGCAACCUUUCUUUCUGGACCUCAUGAAGGGCAUCCUUGAGAAGGCGGGGGAUCCGGACAGUGGUUUCUUGGAGCAAGCCAAGACUGGGCUCCCGCUUGGGGUGCUGAGUGACCUCCCAAGGACGCCAUCGAUCUUUGAGGAGCAGGUGAAGUGGAACUUGGAGGGCGAAGUGGGCAGCGAUGCAGUCUUGCAGAAGGAGAACUACUCGUCGGCAGCUGAGCACGAGAGGUACCUAGUGGAACACCUGGAACAGGAGGUGUCGGAGGGCCUCAUGAUCAAGAUGAAAGAGAGUGAGUUCAUUGAGGCCUUUGGCGAGAACAGGGCAGUGGCAGCCCUUGCAGUGUUGGUUGAAGACGAGCUCACGGGCAAGAAGAGAGUCAUCCAUGAUGGAACGCACGGAGUCAUGGUCAAUCAUCGGAUCAAAUGCAGGGACAAAGUUCGGAUGCCGGGGCCUCGUGAGAAGAGGGCCCUCCUUGAAGAGUAUGAGGCAGGCAGGCAGGUGAUCCUGUCUCUGGUGGGGGAUUUUGCAAAAGCCCACCGGAGGUUCAAGUACGCUGGUGAAGAGCAGGGCUUUUUGGCGUGCAAGGCCUCGUCGACUUCAGAGACGGUCUACAUCAAUCAGGUUGGCACGUUUGGUGUGGCAUCAACGCCUUAUUGGUGGGCUAGGCUCAGCGCAGCAUUGAUGAGGACAGUAUACUGGGUGUUGGGGGAUAGUUUCCCUGACGACAUGUUGCUGUACGCGGAUGACCUGGAGGUAUUGGCGGUUGGCCGUGAAGGGCGAGUUGGCGCUGUUCUGGCAUUCUCCCUCAUGGCUGCGUUGGGGGCGCCUUUCAAAUGGGCAAAGCAGAGAGGUGGGCUCACGUCAGAAUGGAUUGGGCUCACGACGGACUAUCGGACCUUCUCGAUGGGGCUCUCAGAGAGAAGGGCAGGGUGGCUCAUUGAUUGGAUAGGUUCCCUGAGGCUUCGCAAGGAGGUGGAGUACAGAGAAUUUUCAGCUGGGCUAGGGAGACUUGGCUUUGCUGCCUUGGCCCUCCCAUGGGAAAGGCCGCUUCUUGGGCCGCUCUAUGCCUGGUCAUCAGCAAUCCAGUCGAAUCGAGGUGCCUUAACGAUCCCAUGGUCUGUGCAGUUCAUUUUGGAUUGGAUUUCGCAGAGGCUCAAGGCAGGAGGCCACAUGGAGAUGGUCAGGCGGCCUUCAACCCAGGGCGGCACACCCUUGAGGAUCUGGACGGAUGCCAAGGCCACUGAAGAGGCCGCAUGGAUCGGAGGCUGGCUGGAAGAGAGCGAGGACAGCAAAGCAUGUCGAUGGUUCUCCCUGCGUGUCACAGAGAUGAGCGCCCCUUGGCUUUACUUCCGGGGGAGGAAUCCAAAGAGGGUGAUUGCAGCAUUGGAACUGCUGGCGACACUGGUGGCGAUGAAGCUUUGGUUGACGAAGGCAGGAAGUUCAGCGGAGGUCUUCGCAGAGGCCUUCACUGACAACCGUGGCAAUGCUUUCAUCCUCAAGAAAGGUCUGUCGACAAAAUACCCUGUCACACUUCUGGUGAUAGAAGUUGCGGAGACACUCCGAAGGUGUGAUGCUUUUGCAACACUCACUUGGGUGAGACGGGACGGCAAUGUGCUGGCGGAUGCUUUGACCAACGAGGACUUCAGCUCAUUUGACCCUCAGAGAAGAGAAGUUGUGGAAGAGAAGAAAUUGCAGUGGCACGUCAUGACAGAGCUGCUGAGAGGGAGUGAAGACUUGUUCAAUGAGAUCAAGGCCCACAAGGAGAACAAGAGAAAG